GCACGAGGUGUUCGCCACUUCGGUUUGCAAUGCAGCACCCUCGACAGUUGGGGGCGCCGCCACGUGCGUCGCUCGCUGAGCCGUUCAUCGAUAUGAUGUCGGACUCUCCAACUGUGCAUGACAGCCAUUGCCACGUGCAACAGGCGUCGGCAGCUGUUGACCUCGUUAUGGUGUUUGCCCUGCGAACGGGCGGCGAAGUCAAGCACCCCGAGCGAUUCACCCAAGCCAAGUUCGUCAAGCGCAUGCUGGGGCUCGGUCGUGGCAAGAAACCCGUCAUGAACGAGCUCAAAGCGGUGUAUCGCACAGACAAGUGCUACUUGGACGACGCGGGGCGGCCAUUUGAAGACGCCUCCGUGGGACCAAUCGAUCCCGCAGCCCCCGCUAACGCAGUCGCGAUCAACCUCGGGACCGACGACGAAGCAGUUCAAAGUGAACUCGAGCGCAAGAUGGCAUGUCUGAAAGCCGAGUACGUCGCCUACGUUGGCAGCGCGGACGGCACGACGGAAACCAAGUUCUGUGAGCUGGUCGUGCGGUCCAUAGCGAAGCGUUUGCAACUCACAUGUGGUCUCACCGUGCGGAUGUUCAAAAACAAGCUCGGCGACGGGAUCAUUAUGACCGUGAGGGCUGAUGAAGGCGAUUUGGCUAUCGAAGCCGAGCGUACCCAGUACCGCUUGCAAACGUCCAACAAACCGUUUGACGCAGUUCACUCGGCCAAGUUGCAAACCAUUGAGCGGGAAGUUGGCGCCGCCGCGAUGACCGACUCGAAACAGCACUUGACUGACUCGCAAGGCCAGUCGUGUGGUCCCCUCGCGUCGCCAUCCCGUCGCAGCAUCCGCCACGUCUCCCCUGAGCCGGAAAUGGACCCGCUCUUGAUUUCCCACGGGGCCGUUCACCACAUCAAAUUGCACACGGCGAUGACGAAGUGGGGUCACAAUGAACUCGCUGACGGCAGAGCGCAGCCACCAGCACCGGCCGUGACCCCGAGCCUGUGGCAGCGAUUCCUGUCGGGGCUCAUCUACAUUUCAAACGACCCGUGGACGUAUUUUUCCCUGUACACGCCGUACAAGAGCGACCCGAAGCUCCAACCCUACUACCGCCGGUACCUGACGAAGUCGUCGAUGUGGACCAUGUUUCGGCCUGUCGAUCGCAUCCGCCUCACGACGUCCAUCAUCAAUCGGCACAUCAAUCUGGACGCACUCAAAGCGACGAGUUACUUGCAAGAUGCGUUUGCAUUGCACGACAACGAGGCGCUGGACGCCCUCAAGGCGUUGUGGGCCCUCCACAAAGGCAUGACCACGCAGCCCAUUGGCGCCAUUCGCGACUACUUUGGCGAAAAGGUUGCCCUGUACUUUGUUUGGCUCGAGCUGUACACCAAGAUGCUGCUGCUUCCGGCCGCGCUGGGUGUGGCGAUUUACGUCUUGGACGUGUGCACGACGACCCAUUCGCGCAUCCUCAAGAUUGCGUUUGCCGUCGCGAUUGUUGUGUGGUCGACGCUGUUCACGGAGCUGUGGAAGCGGAAAAGCGCCAUCUACAACGUCGCGUGGGGAACAGAUGACUUCAAUGUCGCAUCGACGCCGCGGACGCAGUUUGUCGGGGUCCGGCGCCUCAACCCCAUCGACAACACGCCGCAGAUGUGGGCCGAGUCCACCGUGAGGGCGAGAUGGCGCAUUCGUGCAUCGUUUUUGGUCGUGUUUAUCAUGGUGUUGAUCGUCUUGAUCGCGCUGACGGGGCUCUUUUACCUCAAACACCUCAGCACGAAGCUUGAAUCACGUACGAUGAAAUCGUGGGCUGCCGUGGGGGUGUCGGCGCUCAACUCGAUUCAAAUUACGGUGCUCAACUUGGUGUAUCGAUGGGUCGCCAACCACCUGAAUGCUUGGGAAAACCACCGCACGGACGUCGAGUUUGAAAACCACUUGAUCACCAAAGUGUUUUUGUUUCAGUUUUGCAACUCGUUCGCGUCGUUCUUUUACAUUGCGUACGUCAAGCACUACGUGGGCGACGCGUGCGUGAACGACGACUGUCUCGGCGAACUGCGCCUCCAGCUCUUCAUCCUGUUUGGGAUGCAAGUGUUCGUCGGCAACUUCGUCGAAGUCAUUGUCCCGGUCGCUACGCGAAUGGUCAACUUGUACCGGAACGCUGACAGGGACCCCAGCAACACAACCAAGUCCGCGUCCGCCGGCGAGACAAAGCGAAAGCUCAAACUUGCACAAGAACAUUGCUCCCAGGAAGAGUUGCAGGCCAUGCUGGCGCCGUAUGAAGAGUCCGAAGCGUUCCAGGACUACAACGAAAUGGUGAUUCAGUACGGGUUCGUCACGCUCUUUGUCGUGGCAUUCCCGUUGACCCCGGCCAUGGCGCUGGCCAACAACAUUUUGGAAAUCCACGUCGACGCGUUCAAGCUGUGCACGGCGCACCGCCGCCCGUUCCCUCACCGCGCGACCGACAUUGGGUCUUGGUCGAUUUUCCUCAACAUGAUGAAUCACUUGGCCGUUGUGACCAACAUCUCGAUCCUCCUCUUCACGUACGACCCGAAGGAUAGCGUCACGUCGGCGGCGACGAGUUCCACCACCAAGUGGGUGACGUUUAUCAUUGCCGAGCAGCUGUCCUCGGUUCUCAAGCAUCUCGUCGCCUACCUCGUGCCGGACGAGCCGUUGGAACUCGGCCAGCUCAAAGCCCGCCACAAUCAAAUCGAAGCGAACGUGUUUCUCGGCCACAUCGACGACAAAACGGUGUCGGCCAACUUGACCGAGAAAGCCGAGUCGUUGGACUUGGUCAUCCUGGACAAGUACGACAGCUUCCCUAGCGCGCUCCCGCCGCCCCCGCCCCUCACCGACGUCGCUGCUGCCUUGCCCCCUCCACCGCCCUCGCUUCAGAAGUGACAGCAAUACGUGCUUCGACUUUGUAAGACCGGCAUGACUCUUCAUCACGCAAGCCUUGCCAAAUGAUUUACAGGAUGAACAUUCACAAAAUCUAUUGGUGCGGCUGCAUGAACUGUGUUUCACGCGCAGCAUGUUUGAUGCCGA